GCACAAUUGCUUCUUGCCGAAUAUUCGUUACGAGCAGGUGCAAGCAGUUUUGGUGACCUGUACAAUACUUAUUAUUCACUUCCACUGAUCGCUGAACCAUCCGAAGAUCUGUAUUAUCGAGUGGCUAAUGCUCCGGUUGAUAAAAUAAUAAUAGUUUUGAAAUCAUACAAACGGGUGCUGCUUCAAGGAAGCAAUUAUCUGUUCCACGUAAUGCCACGGAUGUUGAGCAUUUGGCUGGAUUACACACAAAAAUUGGCCGAAAAUGCGUGUACACAACCACCACCAAAGAUGCCGAGGAAUUUGACGCAGCGAAGCCCAGUGCACGAGGACAGCGAUGUUAGAGAGAUGAAUGGUGUAAUUAACGAUACAUUUAAGCGACUCGAUCAUUACAUGUUCUAUAGUGCAUUUGCCCAGUUAAUAUCGCGCAUCACUCAUCCCAACGACGAAGUUUUCCAGACACUGAAGGUAUAA